GCAGACCUCCCCUCUGCUGUCGUAAACUUCUGCUCAAGUGACAUGAGGAAAUAUAACAGCACAUCGGUGAUCUCAGCGGUUCUACUAUUGUUUUAUUUAACAGACUGUGUGUUUUCUCAAGAUGAAGUAAGAAAAAGUAAUCGUAGACUGAUUGAUAGGGAGCAAAGCAUCUUUUCUCAAGGAUCAUAUCCUUCACCUCAAGCAUGUGAAGAUUCCAGCUGUUAUCCAGCAACUGGUAAUCUUCUGAUUGGAAGAGAAAGAGAUCUUUUUGCAUCUUCUACUUGUGGGACAAAGGGUGUAGAACGUUAUUGUAUUGUUAGUCAUUUAAAAGAGCGUAAGAAGUGUUUUCAUUGUCAUAGUGCACCUCAUGUGAAAGACAGCCAUGAAAGGCACAAAUACCAUGGAAUUGAGUCAAUUGUGUCCAGAAUUGGCAAAAAGUCGAAAGGCCGGACGUGGUGGCAAUCUGAAAAUGGAAAAGAGAAUGUAACAAUUCGUUUAGAUUUGCAUCGAGAAUUUCAUUUUACUCAUCUCAUCAUUACAUUUAAAACAUUCCGACCUGCUGCAAUGCUUAUAGAACGAUCUCAUGACUAUGGAGCAACAUGGAGGGUUUAUCAGUAUUUUGCCUAUGAUUGUGCUGAGUCAUUUCCUGGAAUACCUCGUGGCCCACGAACAAAUAUUACUGAAGUUAUAUGUGAAUCUCAGUAUUCAGGUGUAGAACCAUCUACUGAAGGCGAGGUUAUUUUCCGGGUGCUUCCUCCAAAUAUUCCUAUACAUGAUCCAUACAGUACUGAAGUUCAAAAUUUAUUAAAAAUAACUAAUUUACGAAUUAAUUUCACAAAACUUCAUACAUUAGGAGACAAUCUUCUUGAUUCACGGAAUGAAAUUAAGGAGAAAUACUACUAUGCUAUUUAUGACAUGAUAGUUCGUGGUAGCUGUUCUUGUUAUGGUCAUGCAAGUAGAUGUGUUGCUGCUCCUGGUGAUGUCAAUCUUCCAGAAAUGGUUCAUGGUCAAUGUGAAUGUACUCAUAACACAAAGGGUUUAAAUUGUGAAGAGUGUGAAGACAUUUUCAAUGAUUUAGAAUGGAAACCUGCCAUUGGAAGACAAAUAAAUGCAUGCAAAAGAUGUAACUGUAAUGGUCAUGCAACAAGAUGUCAUUUUGAUAAAGCUGUAUUCUUGUCAACUGGCAAUGUUAGUGGAGGUGUUUGCGAUGAUUGUGAACAUAAUACCAUGGGCAGGCAGUGUGAAAAUUGCAAAGAAUUUUUUUACCAAGAUCCUGGACGUGAUAUAAGAGAUCCAAAUAUCUGUCAAGCUUGUGACUGUGACCCAAGUGGCUCAUUUGAUGAAGGUGCUUGUGAUUCACAUACUGACACUGCGGCAGGAUUAAUUGCUGGGAGAUGUCAUUGCAAAAAGAAUGUUGAUGGACGACGUUGUGAUAAGUGUAAAAAUGGAUUUUGGAAUUUCCAUGCUGACAAUCCAGACGGAUGUGAAUCAUGCUCAUGCAAUGCUCUGGGAACAAUCGGUAGUUAUGGGUGUAAUGUAUACACGGGAGAAUGUGUUUGUAAAAGGAAUGUAAUUGGUAGAGAUUGCAAUCAGUGUUUGCCUGAGUAUUACGGCCUAAGUUCUGAGGAAGAGGGAUGCAAGGCAUGUGAUUGUGAUCCUGGUGGAUCAUAUGAUAAUAAUUGUGAUGUGGUAACUGGACAGUGUAGAUGUCGAGCACAUGUUGGAGGUAGACGUUGUGAUUUUCCUGAAUCUGGAUAUUUUUCGGGAAAUUUAGAUUAUAUGGUGUAUGAAGCUGAAUUAGCGAAAGGCACACCAGAUUGCCAAGUACUUGUGCGAGAACCCUUUGGAGAUAGGGACUCUACAUGGACAGGCCUUGGUUUUAUGCGUGUAUUUGAAGGUUCUCAUCUUGAAUUCGACAUAACAGAUAUCCCACAAUCUUUAGAAUAUGACAUUGUCGUAAGAUAUGAACCACAGCUACCUGGACAAUGGGAAGAAGCUCGUAUUGUCAUCGAAAGACCUGGUCCAGUAGAUCCAAAUGGCCCAUGUGCAAAUACAAUUCCUCAAGAUGAUAUAAAAGUAGUGUCUCUCCCAUCAGGGCAACGAUAUGCUGUAGUUUAUCCUCCAGCAUGUCUUGAAAAAGGAAAGAAUUAUAAUGUUCGUCUUGAGUUUAAGCAUUAUGACAGAGAAGUGAAAACUCCAUCAGCUUCUGUUCUUGUAGACUCUAUAGCUUUUGUACCUCGAAUCGACAGCAUCCCCUUUUUUCAAGGAUCAGCUGCUAAUGAGUAUCGAAGGCAAGAAUUUGAACGAUUUCGUUGUGGACAUGCAUUUUAUUCCGUUCUGAGACCUCUACCUAAUGAUGUGUGUAAAAAGUACCUUUACAGCAUUGGCUUUUAUGUUUAUGAUAAAGCUCACGAAUGCUCAUGUGACCCAACUGGAUCUUUAAGUACAUCUUGUGAUAGUUUGGGCGGCCAAUGUACCUGCAAAACAAAUGUAGUUGGAAGAAGAUGUGACCGUUGUGCUCCUGGUACAUAUGGAUUUGGGCCUUCUGGAUGUCGGCCUUGUGAUUGUAACAGUGUUGGCUCAUUGGAUAACUUUUGUGAUUCACAAAGUGGAAACUGCAAGUGUCGACCUAAUACUUAUGGGCGUCAAUGUGAUGAAUGUCACCCAGGAUAUUGGGACUAUCCUAACUGUAAAAGGUGUGAUUGCAAUGGUCAUGCAGAGACUUGUGACUCCCGAACUGGAUAUUGCAUAGACUGUAAAGAUUUUACUGCUGGCCCUAAAUGUGACAGGUGUGACACUGGGUAUUAUGGGGAUCCUAGAAUUGGUAUUGGUAUCCCAUGCCGUCCAUGCCCGUGCCCUGGUAUUGCUAACAGUGGUCUUAGUCAUGCUCAAAGUUGUGAACUUGAUCCACGAACACAGAACGUGAUAUGCUUAUGUGACAUCGGAUAUGCAGGUGAGAGAUGUGAUCGCUGUGCAAAUAACUAUUAUGGUGAACCUACUAAACCUAAUGGAAAGUGUAAAAAGUGUGAGUGUAACAGAAAUACUGAUGAGACAGUUGUAGGAAAUUGUGAUGCUGAGACUGGAGAAUGUCUUAAAUGUUUGUAUAACACUGCUGGUCCUCAUUGUGAAUACUGUAUGGAUGGAUUUUAUGGGGAUGCUACCAAACAAGAAUGCUUAAAAUGUGUUUGCAAUUCUCUUGGCACUUCUGAUGUGAAUGGUCAUUGUGAUAGAAAUACAGGACAGUGUCCAUGUCUCCCUAAUGUUAUUGGAAUAUCUUGUGACAGAUGUGCUCCAAUGCAUUGGAAUAUAAGCAGUAAAAUGGGAUGUAGAAGAUGUGAUUGUGAUGCUUUGGGAUCUCAUGCUUUUGAGUGUAAUGAGUUUGAUGGUCAAUGUCAAUGCAAACCAGGGUAUGGUGGCAGACAAUGUGAUGCCUGUCAAGCAAACUAUUGGGGAGAUCCUCAUGUGCAGUGCUUUCCUUGUGAUUGCAAUAGGGAAGGUUCUAAAACAUUGCAAUGCAGGAGAGAAGAUGGCUCAUGUGUUUGUUCAGAUGGAAUUGCUGGAAAACGUUGUGAUAUUUGUGCUAGAGGUUAUACUGGAAAUGCACCGUAUUGUGAUCCAUGUGGAGAAUGUUUUGAAAAUUGGGAUGCGAUUCUUCAAGAGCUUAAAGAUCAAACACAACAGCUACUUGAUGAUGCUAGUAACAUUAAGCAAACUGGAAUAACUGGUGCAUAUUCAAAGGAAUUUGCUGCCAUGGAAAGCAAACUUGAAGAAGUCAGAGAAAUUUUAGCUGAUGCUAAUAUAACUGGAUCUGAUAUUGAAGAUUUACAAGAUAUGGUUGAUAUGUUAAGGCAAAACCUGACAAUUACACAAGAGCAUUUGGAUGUUAUUGAUCAUGAGUUGGAUAAUACAACUCAAAAAAUUUAUGAUGCAAAUUUAGCAUUAGCAGAUUUACGUCGACGAGCUGAUGAUUUAACAAAUGAUGCUCAGACUUUGAAAACUAAUGCUACUGUUUUGCAAGAAGCAAAUGUUGAAGGUGCUUUUAACAUAACUAAGAAGGCCAAAAUAAGAUCUGAUGCUGCUGAAAAUAAAGUGAGAGACUCGAGAGCAGUCAUCCAUGAGUCAGAGGGUCAUCGUCAUAGAACAGAAAGGUUGCUUGAAACUGCUACAAAUCUGUAUAAUCAGACAUAUUUACAAAAUGAAGCUGCUCUAAUGAAAAUAUCAGGGAAAAUAGGCCAAAUAGAAGAAGAAAUACCACAACUUAAUCACAUAGUUUGUGAUGGACAUGGAACAGUUUCAAAAUGUGAUUCUUUAUGCGGAGGAGCUGGAUGCGAUAAAUGUGGAGGGCUCAGCUGUGAUCUUGGUGCUGUAACCAGGGCUGAUAAUGCUUAUGAUCUUGCAAAAGAUGCUGAAAAAGUGAUUCGCGAGAAGGAAGGAAAAUCAAAGAGUUUAUUAACUGAAGUUGGGGAAGCAAGACAGGAUGCAGAUGAAGCUUUAGAAGAAGCUAGAUUAGCUCAUGAACGGGCACAAGCAGCAAAAAAUAGAUCUGAAAAUGCUACUGGUGUAAUUGAAGAAUUGCUUGAUAAGAUUGAUAUAUUUUUAGAAAGUGGAGGUGCAAAACCUGCUGAAAUUAGAGAGUUGGCUGAAGAGUGCUUACGUCUCUCAAUAUCUUUAGAACCAGAGCAAAUUCGAAUCCUUGCAAGGCAGAUUAAUGAUACUAUUGCCAAUUUAACCAACAUAGAUGCAAUUCUAGAUGCAACUGCGAGUGAUCUUGCUGAAGCUCAAGCUUUAAAAAAUAGAGCAGACAGAGCUAAAGAAAAUGCUGAGACUAUUCUUGACACUGCAAAGCAAGUUCUUGAAGCAUUAGAAGAAGCACAGAAAGCUCAAGAAAGAGCUCAAGCUGCUAUUCUAAAGGCUAAUAAUGACAUAACAACUGCAGAUACUGAUCUUGCUCAAAUUGCUAGUGAAACUGCUGCUGCUCAAGAAAUCUCUAAUAAAUCUGUUGAGGACAUUCAAGGCAUGCAGGACAGGUUAGAUAAGUUGAAAAAAAAGUUCACUGAAAAUGAACUAAAUGCCAAGAAAUCAGCUGUGGAAGCUAAUGUUGCUGGCAAAUUAGCUGAACAGGCUGAAAAGGAUGUGCUGGAUUUAGAAGAUAAAUAUAAUAGUGCCACUCAAGCUUUAGAAGACAAAGCAAAAGUUAGUGGAGCUGCAAAGGAAAGAGCCGAUAGUUUAAGGAAACGGGCCAAAGAGCUAGCAGAAGCAGCAAAUGGAAGAUUAAAUGAACUACAAGGCAUGGAGGAUGAAUUUGAUGAUAAUGAAAAGAAACUGAAAAAUUUCUCAGAUUUACUGGAUAGGUUAAAUAUGGAAAUGGAAGGUCAUCUAACAUUUAUUGAAGAAAAAUCUGCAUUUUAUCGUGACUGCCAGGCAUAAAAAAGAGGAACAAAUAUAUAUGCUUCAAUGACUUAAAUUUAGAAUUUUGUGCAAUCUUAUUAAAUAUUAAAAUACAUUUCUCUGUUAAAUGAAUGUGCUGUUUGAUAAAGAUGACUACUAAAAUGCUAUUGUUUUAAAUAUUUUCUCUCUGUAUUAUCAUACAUAUGUAUUAUAUUGUUCCACAAAAGUUUGCCUUCUGUGAAGGAGAUGUUACAUUCUCUUUUUGCUUAAAUUUUUGACAUCUGCAAUAAUGAACUUGAGCUUGAACAUCCAUUAUUUAUUUUUCUAACUAUGAAUUGUUGUUGAUACUCAAGAAGCUGCAUUCCAAUAAGCACCUGUUACUAUUUCUUUGAACAGUUUUUUUAUCUUUUUUUGUUCCGUUCUUUUUUUUUUUUUUUCUAGUUCUUAAACUAUAUUUUUUACAGGUAUUGCUUAUGGUGCUUUUUACUGCCUUACUCAUUGCGCUUUAUAUGCCUUAUUCAUUGCGCUUUAUCUGCCUUAUUCAUUGCACUUUUACUGCCAUAUUCAUUGUGCUUCUUACUGACUUAUUCAUCACUACUUUUAUAACAUAUAUUUAAAGAUGAUGUUGAAAUAUCUUCUGGAAUCAAAGUGUAUGUUUGUUUGUAACUUUUGACCUGAAUAGACAGUGAACGUUUUGACUACUUAAAUUUCUUAAAUACAGUGCUUUCUUUUUAGUACAAACUUGAGUAAUUCAAAUUAUUGGUUUCUCUGAACAACUUUUGUUCCCCUCAACUUUCCCAUUCCUCCUAGUAUUAAUAUAAUGUUUUUAGUUCAAAAAUUUCAGUUGCUUUUGGGUUACAUUGAAAUCUGAUCACAAGAAUAUAAGAAUUUUGUGGCCCCUAAAAUCAAUUUUUAGAAAAUAAGAGAAAAUAAAUAGUUUAAAUGGUAAAAACAAUAUUAUUGAAGUAAAAAAUAUAUUAAAUAUAUUGAUUACAACACGUGUUAACAGAAACCCAUUUUUCAGUAGAGAAAAUAUUUCAAGCUUCUGAUACUAUGAUCUUUGCGUGGAUCUUUACUUUUUGAGCCUUUAAAAUGUUUGAGCUUUUGAGGAUGUCAGUAAAAGAGAAUUGAGAAAAUAUAUUGAGAUAAAAAUAAAACUUACAUUAAAGAGUUUUUUUUUUCAUUAUUAGAUACUAUAAUUAAUGCUAUUCAAUUUUAGUGUUUGCACUAUUUUCCUAACAACAGGUAUGUUCUUUAUUCAAAUUUCAGAGAUUUCUUUUUUUUUUUUUUUUGCUUUUUUUCAAGUUUGAAUUAUUAAGAGGCGACUGUAUUUAUUCAAAAAAUCUUUCACUAUUUAUGUGCCCAUUUUAUUUUAGCAAUUACAAAAGUAAUUAAGAAGUAUUACUGUUCGAUCUUCAAAUAAAUUAAUUUGUUUUGAAUGCCUCAGCCCUCAAAAAGCUGAAUUCUAGUACAUUUUUCAACCAAUAUUCCUAAAGUUUUUUUAAGCUUGUUUUUGUGCAGCUAGUUCCUCUCUUUGCUUGUGGUGCUUUUACUGCCUUACUCACUACUACUUUUAUAAGAUAUAUAUUCAAGCAUCAUUUCAAAUAAAAACCCUUAAAAAAUCAAAGUGUAUAUGGGAAAUUUGUAACUUUUUGUGAUCUGAAUAGAAAUUGAAUGUUUAAAGGAAAACUUAAACUCACUUAAGAUGUGCCAAUGAAUUGUUUUUGAUAUUCUUGGAAUUGCAUUCUAGCAAGCUUUAAGAGUUUCAUUUGAACAAGUUUUUUUUCCCUCUCUCUCUCUUUUUAGUUUCUUUUUGAGCUUAAUUUUGUUAGGUAUGGUCGUUUAUAGUGCUUUGAAUUAUUUUUCAUUGCUAUUUUAUAGCAUAUGUUUAGUGAAAAUAUUGAUCGGAAUAUCUUUUGGAAUCAAGUGUUGUAAAGAAAGUUUAACUUUGGAACAUUUUUUUAAAAAAUUAGUUUCUAUGAAUUUACAUAAACAUUUCCAAAGCAGUUCAAUAAACAUACUGACUAUGUCAUGCCCAUAAAGCAUUUAAAGCAACAAUGAUUUUUUUAUAUUUACGUUCAUAUACAGUGCUGUAGUUUGGAAAAAUAUUUGAGGAACACACCUUUUUUUAGGGUAGAUAUCAUGUUUGACCAAUUUUUGUCAGUUAAGAUUCACAUCAGCUUUGAUUUAUGAAAGCAAAUAUUUAUUUUUUAAAGGUGCUUUGAAGCCAUUUUACAUUAAUUUUGCCUUAUUUUCACUAAAUAUUUCAAUAAACAACAUGCUCAGCACUGUAAGUAUUAUAUGUAUGUAAAUAUAUGUCUAAAGCAUACAUAUAAACUGUUUGAAAAAGUUUUCAGAAUUUUUUUCCUGCAUUUAAUUAUCUCAAAAUAUGGAAAACAUAAAGCUUAUAUUUAUAUUUUGUGUUCAACCAUGUACAUUGAAUACUAUGAAGUCAUAUGUAUUUCUAGCAUGUUCAUAAACUUUUAUUACUGCCAUAAUUUUGUUUGUUACAUGUAUAUUGUAGUACAUUUGUUUGUCAAAUAUUUGUUGCUUAUGUAUUUGAAAGGUGAAAAUUUCAUUUUUGCCUGUUGUGAGUUCCAAAAUACAUUGGUAUAUUUUUUAUAAUAAUAUACUCUUUUAAUUUUAAACUUUACAUUUAGAACAUUUGCUGAAUUAAAAAGUUGUAUUAGCUUAUGACUAUUUUUAAACUUGAUUUUUUAUAUUUUUAUAGGUAAAAUUUAUUUUUUAAACUUCUCUCAAAAUGUUAUGUUUCACUUUGCAUUUAUUAGUUAUUUUGGAACUGCAUUUCUCCCUAAAAGUCAUUUUUAUGGUGCAUACGUUUUUGUGUAAAUAUUUUAUAGCAUAGACUGAGAGAUCUGACUAACCAUUGUCAUAUAACAUUACUAUUCACUUUUUACAUUCAAAGCACUUUGAAUUACUUAGUUUUGUGCAGCGUGUUGAGUCAAACUCAGGAUGAUUAUCUCUGUGCCAAAUUGAUACUUACAAUAUUUAUAUAAUUUUGAAGGUCAAAUUUUCGUACUGAUCUCAUGCUAGAUAGCAUUUGUUUUCUUUUAGAAUUAUUUUUGCGUAUUAUGAAACUUGAAAAGUUUUUUGAAGCCUUGUAAAUGUUGUUUAUGCUAAGAAUUAAAAACAAUUUUUGAAUUGUUAAACUGACUUGGUAAAACUGUACUUUGUAAAUAUAUGACUUGACACUUAGUGUUUCAGUUUACACUGAAAUUGUGUUGUUAGAAACCUUGUUUUUUUUUCAAUUUUGCUCCUUUGAAAGACAUUAGAAUAUAAAGCUGUUGCAUUUUCCUUUACAAUCUUAAAAUAUAGUUUACUUUUACAAAUAAAAUAUUUAUUCAAUUUUAUUAGAUAUUGGGCUCAUUUAAAAAAAUCAAUGUGUUUCCAAUUAUAUUGAACUGCAUGAUAUGUUAAGAGAUGUUGAAAUGAUUCUAAAAGUUGACUGUGUGUGGUGCCAAGAGAUCAUAAAGUGCCCAUAUGUCUUCAAAAUGAAACUUCAGAUGAUUAUUGGUUUCUGCAGAGAUUUUGUUUCAUUUUAUAACUCACGUGUUUACUUUCCUGCCAAUAAUCAUCUGAAAAAUUCAAUUUAAUGCUGAUUGAAGUUUUUGAUAUCUGUCUACACAAACAAUCUUAUAAAAGCAAUCAUAUACCUAUGAUUUAUGUAUCUUUCAAAUCGACUUCAUUCAGCGAAAAAAAUUGAUAUUUUGUUAAAACAUUUGAAAUGUAAUUCAUAAAAUUAAAGAAUUAAACAGAA